AUGGAGGUUGGAGGAUCACCCCUGCGUCAAGCCAAAGACGGAGCAAAAGACAGAUUCAAGGAGCAACAGACAGACUCAAGGAGCAACAGACAGACUCAAGGAGCAAAAGACAGACUCAAGGGGCAACAGACAGACUCAAGGAGCAAAAGACAGACUCAAGGGGCAACAGACAGACUCAAGGAGCAAAAGACAGACUCAAGGGGCAACAGACAGACUCAAGGAGCAAAAGACAGACUCAAGGAGCAAAAGACAGACUCAAGGAGCAAAAGACAGACUCAAGGAGCAACACACAGACUCAAGGACCUAAAGACAGACUCAAGGGGCAACAGACAGAAUCAAGGAGCAAAAGACAGACUCAAGGAGCAAAAGUCAGACUCAAGGAGCAAAAGACAGACUCAAGGAGCAAAAGACAGACUCAAGGAGCAAAAGACAGACUCAAGGAGCAAAAGACAGACUCAAGGAGCAAAAGACAGACUCAAGGAGCAAAAGUCAGACUCAAGGCGCAAAAGACAGAUUCAAGGCGCAAAAGACAGACUCAAGGAGCAAAAGACAGACUCAAGGAGCAAAAGACAGACUCAAGGAGCAAAAGUUAGACUCAAGGAGCAACCGACAGACUCAAGGAGCAAAAGACAGACUCAAGGAGCAAAAGACAGACUCAAGGAGCAAAAGACAGACUCAAGGAGCAAAAGUCAGACUCAAGGAGCAACCGACAGACUCAAGGAGCAAAAGACAGACUCAAGGAGCAAAAGACAGACUCAAGGAGCAAAAGACAGACUCAAGGAGCAAAAACUCAAGGAGCAACCGACAGACUCAAGGAGCAAAAGACAGACUCAAGGAGCAAAAGACAGACUCAAGGAGCAAAAGACAGACUCAAGGAGCAAAAGACAGACUCAAGGAGCAACACACAGACUCAAGGACCUAAAGACAGACUCAAGGGGCAACAGACAGAAUCAAGGAGCAAAAGACAGACUCAAGGAGCAAAAGUCAGACUCAAGGCGCAAAAGACAGAUUCAAGGCUCAAAAGACAGACUCAAGGAGCAACAGACAGAUUCAAGGAGCAAAAGACAGACUCAAGGAGCAAAAGACAGACUCAAGGAGCAAAAGUCAGACUCAAGGCGCAAAAGACAGAUUCAAGGCGCAAAAGACAGACUCAAGGAGCAAAAGACAAACUCAAGGAGCAAAAGACAGACUCAAGGAGCAAAAGUUAGACUCAAGGAGCAACCGACAGACUCAAGGAGCAAAAGACAGACUCAAGGAGCAAAAGACAGACUCAAGGAGCAAAAGACAAACUCAAGGAGCAAAAGACAGACUCAAGGAGCAACCGACAGACUCAAGGAGCAAGAACAUGUAAGAAACUCAAGGAGCAAAAGAAAGACUCAAGGAGCAAAAGACAGACUCAAGGAGCAAAAGUCAGACUCAAGGAGCAACUGA